CUCACGCUGGGGGGCAUGUACUGGCCGGCCGACAUACGUGCUAUAGCUGGGAAAGCUGUGUGUAAGGGGCAAAGAAGCAUAGUGAUCGCGGACUGCCUGUGUAGGGACCAGUCGGUGAUCGUGAUGACAAAAAAUGAGUCUGCAAGUAGUAAAAAGAAAAAGACAUAUAUUAAUGGGAGGACAUCUGAGCGGUAUUUAGCAUUUAGUGUGCAUUACAAGAACAAUAAUAAUAUGGAAAUACGAAUGGCCGUGUUUAUAGACUUAAAUGUUACAAACUGUUCGGACAUUAAGAAGCUGAAAAGCAUUAUAGAAAUGGCAGCACAUCUUGGCUACUCAGCUAUUGCCAUCAACCAUGUAGCAGAGUUUGAAAAAAAGAAAAUGGAAAUUGCAAAACCUAUUUCUACUAAAGAUCUGUUUCCAUCACCUCCUACUGUACAGAAUAUUAUUGUAUCUAGUGGUGCAGAAAGGCCAUUGGAUCUGAGAGGUCCUUAUGACAUCGCCACAUUAGGCUUGCUGUUUGGAUUGUCUGAAAGAUCUGCUAAGGCUGCGCUGUCUACUAACUGCAGAGCUGCCCUUGUACACGGUGAAACAAGAAAAACGGCCUUUGGCAUUACUUAUACUGUGAAGAAACCACAAGUUGAUGAAGAGGAGUCAUCCGCGCCAGCAUUCAAGAAAGCAAAGAAGGAGUGACGUUUGUAUGUAUCAUUCUGGAUCCUGACGAACGGAACAAGAGACUACAGGAUCGCUGACCUGAGAAUCGAUUUGCCAUCUGUCCACCAUUAAGAUGCAUUGGUAUAACUUGUAAUUUACAUUUAUUUUCUUUAAAAACUUGGCAAAUCGUAACUUGUCUUAUUACAUUCUGUGGGACAACAAACUAUGUCGUGCUCUGCCUGUAAUGUGCAGUGCUUUGAACAGAAGAAAGGCUGACACAAAAAAAAGUUUAACAAAUUUAUUGCUAAACAGAUUUUUUUUUUUUCCUGAUGAAACCAUAAAACCAAAAACAGAAUUCUUGAGAUAAAAUACUUGACUCAAAAUCCCAUUUGUGUACUGGCUUAGAUGUGUGGCUUCACUUAAAUAUAUGCAAUUUAUGCAUUAAAGUUUUUCCAAGAUUGAACAGCGCCCCUCCUGCUAGUGUAUUGGGCCUGGUAUUGCAGCUUUGUUCAAGGAGCACAUAUGGCUUAGUCAGUGGCUGAUUUCUUGUGAAUAUUUUUUGCCAGUGGCUGACCAGCAGCAAGUGCACUUUGAGCAAUGGUCGCUUUGCUAGAAUAUAGAUUAAAUAAACACAUAGUUUCAUAGUCUUCUAUAGCACAGGAGAACAAUGUAUUACAAGGCAGUCACCACAAGGUGGCGCACACUCAUCCUUGAUUAUACUGUUCAUCAUCCAUACUAUUAUGCACGUUACAGUUUUGGCCUUUUAAGCAAAUGAUCUCCACUAUGCAGGAUCACUAGUGAGUGCAGCAAGCACUGACUUUAUGAUACAGGUAGAUCCUUACUAGCUUGAUCCAUUUUAAGACCUUGAAAAUUCAGACAUAUAGCCUUCUCUGUAUUAGAAAGAAUAAGUAUAAAUCACGAUCUUUGUUUUGUUACUUGUCAUCGUUUCGUACGAUACAUAAACAUCAUAGUCAUCAAUAGUGUCAUAAAUAGAGAAAUUCAAUACAAAAUGUACAGAAAUUACAAUACAAAUAUACAAAAGGACCUUCUAAGUACCAACUUUUCCAUUUGCAAUGCAUUGCAUUUCUUUCUAGUCUCAUCUAGUGUCUUAACCAAUCAUACCGUAACCAUCAUUACUUAUGGCUUAGAACCAUGACAUCAUUAUUGGCAUGCUGGGGUUCUAUACCAUUUCCACAAUAGCUUGCAGAGCAUUCUUUAUGUGUGCACUAACGCCAUUGGUGUCCCUUUAUACUAUGUAUAGCUUUAUAUCAUUGUAUGUGAUGUAUGCAGAUGUUCAAUUUCCUGUCCACCCCAUCAUUCAUUGUCAAGUAACACUUAAAUGUCGCUCUCAUUAAAACUAAUUUUUGCUAUUGCACUCCUUAUGGUAAAUGAAAAAUAUUUCUAAUAUACUUUGUUUAAAAAAAAUGAGCUGGAGUCCUGCAGGACCAGCCCUUGAAUGGAAAUCUUGGGUGAGUUCCCACACUUUUUUUUUUCCACAGGACUUGAUCCCUGUGUCUAGUAGGUGCAAAAAGAAAUCCCUUUUGGGUUUCUUUGAAUCACUGUAUCAUGCACCUCCCCACGAAGCCCUGCAUCUUGCAUAAGACAUUGUAUGCGCUUUGCCUUAAAGGGUCACUCUCAUUAAAACUAAUUUUAGCUAUUGCACUCCUUAUGGU